AUGAGCUUGAAAGAAGUAUUCGAACAACAUCCAUGGAGGUCAUUUAAGAAGUUCAAUGAAGCUGCAAAGAGUUGGGGAUUUACUAACAGAGCUGAAGUUAAAAAGUUCUUUGACAAAAAUGUUGUACAUCAAACAAAAAUAAACCCUUACGACUACUUUUUACCAAUUUACUCCAACACUCCUGACGCAUACCAAUUUGACACUCUCAUUCAAAGCAGAAAAGGAGGACAUAAACCAUUCCUCAUCUUCAUAAAUGUUAACACUCGUAAAGCAUAUGCAUAUCCAAUGAAAAAUAAAGGAACUCGUGAAGUGUUAAGAGUUUUACAAAAGUUUGUAGCAGAACAUAACCCAAGUACUUUAACAUCAGACCAAGACAGUGCAUACCUCAGCAAUGAAAUCACAGAAUUUCUCAUUAAGCAUAACAUAACUCACUACACUACUGAAGACCAUAACCAUAACAUACUCGGCAUCAUAA